AAGGAAUUCCAUUUCUUCUGAUUUUGUUUAAAAGGAGUGAAAUAACCAAGAAAAAGAAAGGAAGUGAAGGACCUUUUUUCAUUUUAUGAUCCGAUGAAUUUACAUUAAAUCCUCCGUUGUGAUCACCGAUUGCUACCGGAUUCGUGCCUGAUUUUCUGGAUAAGGUGUGCCUUUUUCUUAUUUGUUCGAUGAAUGAAGGAUGCAAUCAUUUUAUUGUAAAUCCGCAUUUCCUAUUUGAUCACUGCCUAUUUAUUUAUUCUCGGAUCUGUUAGAUUUAGCUUUAGCUUCAAUUCCUCUGUGUUUUCGCAACAAUUGUUUAAUUUAAUUCGAUUCUGACAGUAUUUGAUUAGUUAUUGGAUUAGUGCUGAAUAGGGAGAAGGUAUUUACUCUUUCAAUUGUAGUCCUUUUUGUGAUUAUUUCUCCAUUCAUGCUCUAUUUUACAUUUUCUUCGUUUUAGAAAAGAUGGAGGUGGAUCAAGGUAAGCUCUUUAUCGGUGGGAUUUCUUGGGACACGAAUGAGGAUUGUCUUAAAGAAUAUUUUGAAACAUAUGGGGAUGUUGCGGAGGCAGUGAUCAUGAGAGACCGAACCACAGGUCGUGCUCGUGGCUUUGGCUUUGUUGUCUAUGCAGACCCUACCGUUGCUGAGAGGGUGGUUAAGGAGAAACACAUGAUUGAUGGACGAACUGUGGAAGCCAAAAAAGCUAUUCCUAGGGAUGACCAGAACCUUAUAAAUCGAAACAGUGGCAGCAUGGAAGGUUCACCAGGACCUGGACGCACUAAAAAGAUAUUUGUAGGAGGGUUAGCAUCUACAGUCACUGAGAAUGAUUUUAAAACUUAUUUUGAUCAGUUUGGUACCAUAACAGAUGUUGUGGUGAUGUAUGACCACAAUACGCAGAGACAAAGAGGUUUUGGGUUUAUAACAUAUGAUUCGGAGGAGGCAGUAGAUAUGGUGUUGCAUAAAACUUUUCAUGAACUCAAUGGUAAAAUGGUUGAGAUAAAGCGAGCAGUUCCCAAAGAAUUGUCUCCGGGACCCAGCCGGAGCCCACCUGUUGGUUAUAACUACGGGUUUACUAGACCUAGCAGUUUCAUGAAUAACUAUGCCCAGGGAUAUAAUCUUAGCCCAGUUGGAGGUUAUGGAGUUAGGAUGGAUGGUAGAUAUAGUCCUCUAGCUAGUGCUCGAGCUGGUUUCUCACAUUUUGGUUCUCCUGCAUAUGGACUUGGUGUCAAUAUGGUGCAACGUUUGGGUGGUGGCUUUGGAGGGGGCUCUAACUUCAACAGCAACUUAGGUUAUGGCCGUGUUCUGAACCCGUAUUUUGCCAGUAACCAGAGCAGGUACAACACACCGAUUGGUUUCAAUACAAGUAACAGCAGAGGUGAAUCUUUUCUAAACUCUUCGCCUAGAAGUGUAUGGGGAAACGAUGGACUUAAUGCUUCCCCAAAUAGUGCCGCUUCUGCUUCAUACUUUGGUUCUGGAAGCGGUGGUUUCGGAGUCUUCGGAAACAAUGGAACAAACUGGGGUACUUCCCCUGUUACUGGGUCCCUCGGAGGAGGAUCUUCUGGCUACAAUGGUGGAAACUUUGUCUACCGAGGUGGAGAUAAUAAUUAUUCUGUGGGAGCAGGAGGAUUUGGAAGAAACACCGGAACUGGUGUGGCUACAACAUCUUCAUUUCCUGCCUCAACUGGUGAUUAUGAGGGAUCCUACGGGGACUUUUACCGUAGUGGUUCUGUGUACAGUGAUCCGACUUGGCAAACUGCAUCUUCUGAGCUUGAUAAUUCUAAUUCGUUUGGCUAUGGGCUUGGAAACCCAGAAGAUGUUGCCGCUAAAGAUUCUGAGGAUUAUGUGGUCGGAUAUGACCUUCCAACUAGGCAAUCCAGUAGAGGGAUUGCUGCUUAGGAAACUUCAGUGGUAUGAAGAUAAUGUAGGAGAUGAGAUUUUUGAGAAGUUGCGGGGUGUGAAUUUUCGUACGUAUCCCUCACAGGUAUACACAAACAGAUAUAUAUCUCAUGUCAUUACGGAGAGAACUAACAGGGAUGUCGGGUUGAAGCAUAAAUGUCAGGGGGAUUUUGUUAAGGGUUUAGAAAAUAUACGGAUCAAUAUUUUGGUUGAGAUGUGUAUCAGAUUGCGGGAGAAGGAUCAGUACGAGCUUUAAUUUGUUGUGAAACGAUGCUGGAAAGGUAGAGUUUUCAUUUUCCCCCCGGGUUUUCGGCUCUAAUGACUAACUGAAAUUUUCCUCUUUUUUUGUCUGGGAUUCGUAUUCGUCUCCAAUUGUAUGUGAUUGUUAGCAUGACAUAUAAAGAGGGAGUUUAAGCCUUGCUAGGUCUCCCUUCAAUACAAAUACCGAUAUGAUUAUACUAUUCA